AAGAAAAAUCAUUGUUCUUAAAAUCUGUCCUUAUCUCUGAAUUGGCAAUGGCGAUUGAACAGCCAAAGCCAACUGCUGAAGACGUGAAGAUGGAUCAAUUCGAAGAUGACGACGAAUUUGAGGAGUUUGCAAUUGAUCAAGAGUGGGAGGACAAAGAGGAAGGAAAAGAAGUAACCCAACAAGGGGAAGAUGAUUGGGAUGAUGAUGAUGUUAACGAUGACUUCUCUCUGCAGCUCAGAAAGGAAUUGGAAGCAACACUGAGAAGAAAUGAGCUGCAUUUGCAUAUGAACUCUUUUUCUUCGCAAAAUUGGACCAUGUUAUUUCUAUUAUGGGUUCAGAUGUUUCCAUAUGUUUGUACUCUUUAUUUUACUGAUAAAACUUAGCUUUCAAAAAAAAAAAAAAAAUUACCAAUCAGUUUUGCAUAAGCUUCAUUCUUUGUUAGCAAGACCCAAGAUUAAAGUAAUUGGACCAGCAAACCACUAAAUCCGCCAAAAAAAAUAAAAUAAAAAAAAUAAACGUCUCAAGUCUCUAAACGUGUUUUCAUCUUUUAUUGUACUUCAAGCCUAGUCUAAAAAAAAAAAAAAAAAUCAAAUACGACAAGUCUUGAAGUAGGGGGCAUUUGUAGUCAUUUAAAAUUUUAUUGGAUUUAAAUCAGUAUAUUAAUUUGGACUAUAUUAAAUUUAAGAAAAUAGUUCAAAUAAUGUGGCUAAUAUGGUUGAAUUAAUCAUCUAAUCUUAAAGAUAUUGGGCUAGUCCAUUUGAUUGGGCUCCAAAUGAUGAGUCCACUUUAAUAGCUCAAAGUCCAAGCCCAUCUUGAAAUGCAAGCCCGCGCCACAUGUCAAAUGAGGU